AUGUAUAUUGCAAAAGGUUUAAGAUUAAAAUUGAUCAAUCAAUCAGCUAACCCGACUACAAAAUUUAUUACUAGAAAGAUGUCCAUACCUAAAGGAAAACCAGAAUUAGCUGAAUUGAUUAGUUCUCGUCCUGUUGUAAGAACUGAUGAAUGUAAAUGGAUUGGAUUAGAAAAAUUGUCUUACAAAGAUCCAAACGGAGGCACCAGAGAAUGGGACAUGGCUGUCCGUACAACUAGACAAGCAGGUGGCAUUGAUGGCGUCGGUAUUAUUCCAAUUUUAAAAUAUCCAGAUGGUAAACCAGAUGAAAUAUUAUUACAAAAGCAAUACAGGCCCCCUGUAGAUGGUGUUUGCAUAGAAAUGCCUGCGGGAUUAAUCGAUGGCACCGAGUCCGUUCAGGUAGCUGCUUUAAGAGAGCUAAAAGAGGAAACUGGAUAUGUGGGAAAGAUCAUCGAUGAUAGCCCUGUUAUGUUUAACGAUCCUGGUUUUACAAACACUAACUUAGUCCUGUUAACAGUGGAGAUCGAUAUGGCAUUGCCAGAAAACCAAAAUCCACAAGCCAACUUAGAAGAUAAUGAAUUUAUCGAAUGUUUCACUGUUCCCUUGAAAGAUUUCGUAAGUGAAAUGACAAAACUAGACAAACAAGGCUACAAGCUAGAUGCUCGUGUUCAAAGUUUUGCACAAGGUAUCAGCUUUGUUCAAAAGUACAAAUUCUAG